CUAAAGCCAGAAGAUCCCUGGACUAAAGAGGAAACCAUGGAGCUCCCCAUCAGUGAGCAGGAGGAGCAGCUGCUCCUCAAGCAGCAGACUGGAAAGAUAGGAGAGAAACCUCUCCCCAAUGAUAUGACGGAAAGCUCUCUGGACAAAGAUCAUUCAAUGUGUUACAUGAGAAAAAACAGAGGUAACAUGAUUUAUGAAUGUCUGUCCUGUGGAAAAAGUUUCAUCAAGAAAUCUCACCUUGAAGCACACAUCAGAACUCACACAGGAGAGAAGCCUUUCUCCUGUAUGAUUUGUGACACAAGAUUUAAUCAAAAAGGUGCUCUGACUGCUCACAUGAAAUGUCACUCAGAUGAAAGACCUUUUUCCUGUGAUACAUGUGGAAAAACAUUUAAAAGAAGGAGUGUUUUGAAUCAGCACCUGAGAGUACACUUACGAGAGAUUUAUAAAUGUCUGUCCUGUGGAAAACACUUCCCUACAAAAUCCCAUCUUCAUAAACACGUCAGAAUUCACAUAGAUGAGAAGCCCCUAUCCUGUUCAAUUUGUGACAAACAUUUUACUCAAAAAUGUGAACUGACCUCUCACAUGACAAGCCACUUAGAUGAAAGGCCUUUUUCUUGUAACACCUGUGGAAAACUCUUCAAAACAAAAGAUGGUUUAAAACAGCACAUCAAAGUCCACACAGGUGAGAAGCCUUUCCUCUGUUCGAUCUGUAGCAAAAGGUUUACUUCAAAAGCUACUUUGACUUAUCAUAUUAGAAACCACACCAGUGAAAAGCCUCAUGAAUGCAAGUACUGUGGAAAAGGCUUCAGCAGUAAAACUGCCCUUGAUAGGCACAUCCAAAUUCACACAGGGGAGAAGCUCUUCUCCUGUACGAUUUGUGGCAAAAGUUUUACUGAAUAUGGUCAUUUAAAUUCUCACAUGACGACUCACUCAGAUGAAAAGCCUUUUUCCUGUAAGAGCUGUGGGAAAACUUUCAAAAGAACAGAUUCUUUAAAAGAACACAGCAGAAUCCACACAGGUGAGAAGAAUCAUAAAUGUCUGUCCUGUGGAAAAAGCUUCCUGAAGAAAUGCUAUCUGGAGAGACACAUCAGAACUCACACGGGUGAGAAGCCUUUCUCCUGUACAAUUUGUGGCAAACGGUUUUCUGUAAAAGCUAGUUUGAGUCAUCACAUUAGCAUCCAUACAGCAGGGGUAACCAAUUAAAAAUCAGCAGGUUCAAAUAAAGAAAAUCAUCAACCAGUAAAG